UCUACUGUUGUAACCCAGACAUAAGAGUACAAUUUAUUUUCUAACGUCAUAUUUCCUUAAUAUUGCUGUAAAUCUUUAAAAACUACUUAAAUAACUUGUCUUCUAUUACAAAAUUGAUAGGUAAAUUACUAUCUUCUAUUACAAAAUUGAUAGGUAAAUUACUUGUUAUUCUCCAUACAUAAGCUGGUCACUAUUCCAAGCACUAACUCAAGCCAAAGCUUUUUCAACUUUUCAAGCCGCUAUGCUCACGCAUUCAGCGAAAAGCUAAUAUAUAUCUCUACACAUCAGUCCGGGAGAAGAACAGUCGUAAGAGAAACGUUGCUAUAAACACAACGGAAUAAUAAUGUCGAGCACGGGUAUCGUAUUGUACGGAACAGACAUGAGUCCCUGUGUGAGGACCGUCAGGCUCGUCCUCAAGGCCCUCAACCUGGACUACGAGUUCAAAGAGGUCAACCUGCAGAAGGGCGAGCAUCUUGAGGAGGAGUACCUGAAGAAGAACCCCCAGCACACGGUGCCAACGCUGGAAGACAAUGGCACCUACCUCUGGGACUCGCACGCCAUCGUCACCUACUUGGUGGACAAGUACGGCAAGUCGGAUGAGCUGUAUCCCAAGGAUUUGAUCAAGCGAGCCAUCGUCAACCAGCGCCUGUACUUCGAUGCCAGCGUCAUCUAUGCCAACGUAGCCAGCGUGAGCAAGAUGUUCUGGAUUGAUGGGAUCACGGUGGUUCCCCAAGAAAAGCUAGACACUAUUCAUCGGGGUCUGCAGUUGCUGGAGUCUUUCCUUAGUAAUGGAAAAUUCCUGGUGGGUGACUCGCUGACCCUGGCCGACUUGUGCACCGGGCCCACUGUCAGCGCCGUGCCUGCCAUACUAGACAUCGAUCCCGAGGUUUAUCCAAAAAUCACCGCCUGGUUGGCUCGCCUCAACGAGAUUUCUUACUAUAAGGAGAUCAAUGAGGCGCCCGCUCAGGGCUAUGUCACCUUUCUCCGCAGCCAGUGGACCAAGCUGGGGGACCAGUAAUCGCGGACAAAAAUAAUAUUUAUAGGAAUAUGAACAUUUAACUAUACUUUUAUGUGUCACUUCAUAUAUUUACUUAUUUAAUCACAAAUUAUUUGAUUAAUAAAAACUCAUUGUAUGAAAAUAA